CUUAAAGUUUGGCCCACAUGUGUAAAACAUGGCCUCGGCUAUGUCAAAAUUUAAGGGUACCGUUUUCUUAAUUGCGAAUGGUUCUAGGAACCUGGGAAGAACGUGUGCAGAAAACUUUGUGAAGAGAGGAGGGAGAGUUGUUUUAUGUGACACUGAUACUGAAGCUGGCGAAGAAAUACAAGAAAAUCUUGGUAGAAAAAACUGUUUCUUUUUUACUGCAGAUCUAACAAAAGCAGAUGAUGUUGAGAAGACCAUAAAUCUGACAGAAGAAAAGUUUGGGAAACUGGAUGUUACAAUCAACUGCCCUAGUUAUGCCAGGUCUAGCAAAAUUCAUAUCAGAAGUCAGAUAGAGAGAGAAAAAUCACAGGAAAACACACAAACUGUAACCUUUGAAGAAAAGUUAACAGAGGAAUUUAUGGAGAAACUUUUAAGGGAAAAUUUGACUAGUACAUUCAAUGUAUGUAGGCUAAGUGCAAGACUGAUGUCUAAAAAUAAACCUGAUGCAAAUGGACAGAGAGGAGUGAUCAUCAACAAAUCCCAUACUUUAGGAUUUGGGAGUUCCCUAGUUCCUUACACCAUGUCCCAGGCAGCCAUAAUAGGAAUGACACUCCCAAUGGCCAGGGAUUUUCAUGAUUUGGGAAUAAGGGUCAACAGUAUUGCAACAGGGUUUUUAGACUACCAAAUACCAGAGGAUUGGCCUAGGAGAAGAGAGGUCAAGUUUUGCAGUUUAAUGGCAUUUCCUCAUAAAAUUGGUUCCUCACAAACAUUCUACCACCUCUGUGAGAAAAUUAUUGACAAUCCUUACGUGAAUGGUGAAGUUAUCAAACUGGAUGCAGGGGUGCAAGCCGUUAUAUUGUGAUA